AUGGGAAAUCAUCUUAGGAAAUUUUUACGUUUGUUCUCUAGACAAUCUUUUACAUAUAAAGAUGAACCAAUGGUUCCAUUAAAUCAAACGCAAAAUGAAGAAGAAAGAUGGGACGAAAUACAUUAUUUAUUAAAGGAUUAUUGGGGUGAUAAUUUUUCUGCUCCAAUUCAUGAAUGGUUACGAAUUGGUGAUAUUAAAGUCUUGGAUAUUGGUUGUGGAACUGGAUUAUGGCUAAACGAUAUUGCCAUAAAUUAUCCUUCGUCAAAAUUUAUUGGUGUUGAUAAUCUUUCAUUACUUCCUGAAAAUUCUCCUUCGAAUAUCACAUUUAUACAAGCAGAUAUUAAAUCAACCUUACCAUUUGAUGAUAAUACUUUUGAUUAUGUUCAUAUGAGACAUAUGAUAUUUUAUUUUACUGAAAUAGAAUGGAUUAAUGUCGUAAUUCCCGAAUUGAUUCGUAUACUAAAACCUGGUGGGUACCUUGAAUUGGAAGAAGCUGAUCAGGAAUGGAGUAACGUUACGCCUACUACUAGAACUUUUACUAGUAUCGGACAUAAUUUAAUGAGACAAAGAGGGAUUGACCCGUUUUUGACCAAUCAUCUCGAUGAUAUUAUGGAAAGUACCGAAAUGUUGGAUAAUAUUCAUCGUAAAGUACAAGAAGUUCAAAUAGGAAAAUGGGCAGGUCAUAAAGCAAGUUGCGUAGCGAAUACUCAGACACCGAGUGGAAGUGGUUUUUCAGGACUUGGUGGAAUAAUCGAUCAAUUAGGAGGAGGAAAGCUACCCGGAUCUCAAUUGCCGGGAGGGAAACAAAACAAUCAACUUCAACCUCAAAUAGGCGGGAAUGUGCCCAACAUCCUGCAAGUAGUAAUGUUGCAAUCUGGGACGGUCAAUCCGAAUGGAAGUAGUUCGGUUGCACCAUCUUACGCGGCUAAACCAUCUCCUGUUAUUCUCAAUGCCGAUCUAUUACAUCGAUCGCAUAAUGAUGUUAAAGUCGUAUUAAUUGUAGCUAUUAACGCUAUCAGAAUCUUCUCACCUCAAUACCGUGUACAAUUUUGCAUACUUGAAAAUCUAACUGGAUUGGUUGUUGAUUUUACUUGA